AUGAGCAAUGCCGAGUCGAGCGACGAUAAUAGCUGCAGCCACGGGCACUCGGAUUAUUUCGAACUCGAAGCCUCUUCGCAGUUUCCCCCUCUGCACUUGGGAGGAGCACUGGGGAGAGUUCAGGACCCGGACGGCGAGGAACAAGAGAUUAAGCAUUCGCACACCUUCGGUCAAUCGCAAAUUCUCCACGGCUGUUUCGACACGACCAGAAACAACCAUCCCACCAGCUGCCCUACUCCGCCUUCAGUACGGAAAAAAAUGUCUUUUUCACUCGAACAGGUAGCAUGCGUCUGUGAAGUACUACAACAGUCAGGAGACACAAAUCGUUUAGAAAGUUUCCUGUGGUCUCUCCCAAAAACCGAAGAAUUUCAAUACUGCGAAGCAGUGCUCAGGGCCAAAGCAAUCGUUGCUUUCAAGAAAGAAAGUUACAAAGAAAUGUAUUCUAUACUCGAAAGUCACGCGUUCGGACCGACUCAUCACGAUGAGCUCCAGUUCAUGUGGUUCACCGCUCAUUACAAUGAGGCCGCGAAGUCUCGAGGGAGGAAGCUCGGUGCCGUUGACAAAUAUCGGAUACGACGAAAGUUCCCCCUGCCGAAGACCAUCUGGGAUGGCGAGGAUACGAUAUACUGCUUCAAGGAACGUUCUCGGCAAGCACUGAAAGAGUCGUACAAACUGAACGCAUAUCCAUCGCCAGAUGACAAACGGACGCUGUCGGAGAAGACCGGGCUCUCCCUGACGCAAAUUUCGAAUUGGUUCAAGAACCGCAGACAACGGGAUCGACCUCCAGGGGAAGCGAAGCAGUCCUCGCCACCGGUCGCAGGAUCUCCGAUAAAUUUCUCAUCGCCUCCAAACCCCAUUCAUCCAACCAAUCUGCUGAAUACGAUCAACCCUCAUCUGCACCAUCAUCACCAUCAUCAUCAUCACCAUCACCACAACUCCACCUCGCCGUUAUCGUCGAUAAGUUCGAUGACCUCGUCCAUCAACUCGUCAUUCAAUCCGAUCACCUACCACUUGAACCUUGGAGGCAACCCCACAUCGAACGCGCUUCAGAAAACCAUGUUGUACGAUAACCUGUAUGGAACGAGCUAG